UGCGGCUUAGUCAAAGGCGCACCGCAGGGAGGCGCGAAAAGAGUCUCUGCCCUGGGAGGCAGAGUCAGCAUCUGCUUGCUGUGAAUUCUUGGAUAAGACUUCUGACUCUCCUUCCCCCGGGCUUUAGUUGAAAGGACAGGACGAAGAGAAUCAAAAGCACUUCUGCAUCUGAGAAAGUUGGAAAGGAAAGUUGGUGAAAACAAACGCGAGCUGUUUUAGAGCUGAGAAGAGAAGCUGAGCCGGCUACAGUGAAAAGAGGCAUUGUUUCUGCCCUCUAAAACAGAAGAAAUAGGCUGAAUCUGAAGCAAGAAGGUUAAAGCUCAAUACGCACAGCCUUUCCGGAGAAUCCCCCAGGUUCCUCUUCUGGCGUUGUAGAGGUUGACGCUGGGGCUGUUUUGUUGAGGUAAUAGAAUAGGUGUGUUGGGUUAAAUAAGUAUGUUUGACCUGCUGAUGUGGGGAGCAGUCUGCGGGUGAUGCAGGCAGUAUGGGUUUGUCCCUUGGCUGUCCCCGUGUUCUUCAGGAGGGACAAGUGCCCACGCGGGUAUUUCCUCCCAGAGGCCAGCUGGUUUGCAUUGGAACCAUGUGAUCAUGGCUCUCUUGAGAGGGGAUUUCAUCAGCUGCUAGAGCCGGGCUUUCCAGAGGGGCCGGGCUCUACAGACACAGAGGGCUGCAUUGGGAGGGAAGUUGGAAACUGCACUGCAUUAUGUCAGUCAGUGGACCCCUGUGAGCAGAACAACAUUUCAGAGAACCCAGACUUUGUGUGUGUGUCAGAGCCUCAGGUUGCCUCCUCCCUGGGCAGAUCUAGAGAUGCAACAAGAGAUCACCAGCAGGCUUUACUUCUGAGCACCUCAGUUUACCCCUCUAGAAAAUGGGCAGGAUGGUACCUCCAGUACCAUCUUCAAGUCCAGGUGGGUGGCAUCUUAGAAAGCUUUUGUUCAGCAUCCCCAACUAGGUUUAGAGAUAAAUUGAAGUCAGAGAAAGGAUGGAACAACAGCAAUAGACAUUGGUGACAAUGGCUACUGCACUGACUUCAGGGCACUGUACCAUGAGUCUCACUGUAGUAGUGAGGUGUCUGUGGUAGGGCAGGGCUGUCAUCUUCCCACUGCGCUGUACAGAGCCCUGCUAGAUUUUGUCCCUUCAUUUCCAAGCAUUGCCACUAGGUGGACACUACUGCCCCUGUUGUGCAGCCUAAGGUUCAGAGAGAUUAAACCACUCAUCUGAAGUUCAUCCCUGCAUCUGUGUCUAUGCAGGGAAGAGAGAGGCCUGGGCCCUUAGAUUCACCCGGCAGCCUGUGCAAAGCUUUAGGGUAUUGGGGGGUGACAUGGAACUGUGUCCGGGGAAGCCUGGAGAGAGCAAGGUUGGUAUUUCCAGAAUACCUACUGGGGUAUAGCACUUUUCAGCCUACCCAGGGUCUCUGGCUGUGGGAGAAGGUGUCAGAGAGGUCCCAGAACAGAACACAAAGGCUUCCUGCCCCACGGCCUCCCAUUUUGGCCUCUAGUCUCUCCUCCAUCCAGCCUAUAGCCCCAUCUUGGCUCUGGUCCCUACUGCCAAGUGUCAGCCAAACCAGCUGGACUGCUAAGCUAGACCCUCCUGCCAGAACCUCCCCCACCCAUCUCUAGACCCUUGCCAGCACCCAGCACCCCAGAGCCUAGUCCGGAAAGGAGCUGGGAUCAAAGCCAGAUAGUAUGCCCAGCUGUCAGUCUGCUUGGGGUCCUGGGACUAUAGCCAAGGACCAAGAACUUGAGGGAAAGUGAUGCAAGGUCUAGGAGCCCCAACCCCCCAAGUAAGGGCUUCAUCUGGUGGGGAAGCACUAUAUUUAUGAAUAUCUUUAAUAUGCUGUAUGGUCUUGGGCGAGGUGUGUGACUUUUCUAAGCCUUUCCUUGUCUGUUAAAUGCUGGUUUGCUUCUGAGGAGCCAGGCUGAGUUGUCAAGGCUGGGAGCUAGAAGCCUCUUCUUCAUUGUGUUGAUUUCAAGUGUUGCACAGUAGCCAGAGGAUGGAGAAACAGCUCAGGGCAUCAGAUCACAGGCAGGAUGGCUGGUGCUAAGAGGAGCCACCUGUGAUUUGGACCCCCAGCUGCAGCUCAGUCUCUUGAAGAUGAAGUGGCCCAGGUGAAGCCAGGCCAGGUCCCAUGGCCAGCUCAGGGACAAAGGCACAAUGGGCUGGGCCAAGCCUGGGGCAAGGGCCCCGAAGGCGGCGCUGGGCUUGGGCUGAGGAACAAGAUGUAGAUGGAAGAAGUGACCAGGGCUGGGGAAACGAACAGUCUCUUCCUGAAGCCACCAGUCCUGAGCUCCUAGAAGACUUCCGCAGGGUACAGAAGCAUCUGCCACCCCCAGAGUGGGACCCAGACAUGCAGGACUCCGAAGAGUCUUCUGGAGAAGAGACUGAAGCUGAUGAUGUGAGCAGCCCAGAGGGUUCCACCGUGCCCCUGCCCUGGCUCUCCAGGCAGAAUCAACAACAGCUGGAUCUGUCUGAAGAGGACCUGGAUGAGGCCCCUGGGAGCCCUGAGGUAGACUUAGCUGGAGAGAGUUAUACAGAGCUGGAGUGUGAAGACCAGGGAGAUUCCAGCCCUUCAGCUCUAGGACAGGGGUCAGCCAGAGGCUGGGUUACCUCUGUCAAUCAAGGCAGUAACUACAGACCUUCAGAGCAUCUUGAGACCCAGCCAUCUGUUGAACACAGCCACACAAAGUCUUGGAGCAGUGGGACUGUGAGCCUCGGUCAGCCUAGUGACAGCCUUGGUUCUACGUGGGAAGGAGACACCGAUGUCCCCCAACUUGUCACCUUGCCCGAAGCCCUGCCACAGAGUCUGUGCCACAACCUUCCACACCCAGGUGACGGAAAUGGAGGUGACGUUGCUCCGGCAACACCCACAGAAUUCCGGGACUCCUUAGCAGCGCCAGCCCAGAAUCCUGAGUGCUCUGCAGGCACAUGGGGACGAGAAACCACCAGCCUACCCUGCUCUCGGCCUGAGGACCAGACCUGGAAGAGAACUAAGACAUCAUCUAAGCCGCUGCCCUCCCGGUUCACUGGCUCGGUCAGCCCCCUGAGUACCCGGCUUGGGGCAGUAAAGAAAGUUGUGUUACAGCCCAAGCAGGGAGCCACUCUGGCUGGCCACUCUUCGUCACGUGCUCCCAAGUACGGCAAGGGGCGCCUGAACUACCCACUCCCCGACUUCUCCAAGGUGGGGCCCCGGGUGAGGUUUCCCAAAGAUGAGAACUACCGACCCCCGAAGUCCAGAGGCCACAAGAGGCAACAAGACUCCACCAGACCCCUCAUCUUCAAGUCGCCGGCUGAGAUCGUUCGGGAUGUACUGUUGAGUAGUGGAGAGGCAUCCCUGGCCAAGGGGUCUUCUCUUGCUCACCCAAUCCCCAGGGUGCCCCAGGAGUUCCAGACACCCGAACAAGCCACUGAGCUAGUUCAUCAGCUCCAGGAGGACUAUCACAAGCUCCUCACCAAGUAUGCGGAGGCUGAGAACACCAUUGACCAACUUCGCCUUGGGGCCAAGGUGCAUCUGUAUUCAGACCCGCCCCAGCCCAGUCAGAGCCUCUGCUCUGGGUCAAUGCCACAAGGAAGCAAGGUCUUAUCGUUUUCUAUCCCACAACCCAGAUCAGCAGAGUGGUGGCCUGACCCUGCCCAGGAUCCACAGGCCUCCGAGACCAUGGGGUGGCCGCCCCCAGGAACAGACCUGAGUCCCUCCUCGUCCCCCAGCAUGGCCACUCCAGGUCGCCUACCUCAGAGCCAGGGCACUGCCACAGACCAGCCCUCCAUAGGACAGACCCAGGCGUUGACCUCUCAGGUCAGCCGGCUUCUGGCCAAGGUGGAAUCCUUUGAGGAACUGGUACUGGCUGGACACUUCCCACCCCAGGACCAAAUCAAGAGCUUGGAGCAACUGAGGGCAGCCCACACGGCCCUAGAGGCAGAGUACCUGCAGGCCUGCAGAGAAGAGCACCUGGACCCUCAGCUUGAUGCCUCCCAGGGGAGUCCCAGGACCCUCAACCUCUGCAGGGAGCUAGAGGCAGAGAUAUACCACCUGGGGCAGCGCCUAGAAGAGCUGCAGGACCAUGUGGAACAGACCCACGGAGAGCCAGAAUCAUGCAGGCCAGACCUGCAGGACAGCACCCCAGUCGUGCCCUUUCUGCCCCAGCUGGCUCGUCUGCCCAUGCCUUCAGCACCAGUCUCCUCAUUAGAUGUCCAGACCUGCCAGGAGCCUGCCACCAUCACCGCUUCCCCUGGAAGCUCUUGCAUGCUCCCCACGAACAAGGAGGUAAGCCUGGGCAUCAAGACAGAGGAAAGCCCAAGAGGUCUCCCGGUCCCACUCAGGGACAGGAAGCUUCAGGUGGAGCAGCAGGACUUCCAUGGCCUUCUGGAGAGAUACCUUAGUGUGAAGUCCCUCCCUGAAGCCUUGAGGGUCGAAGAUGAGGAGGACCUGGAGGAGGAGGAGGAGCAGGAGGAGAAGUAUCAUCAUGGCACCUUGGAAGACGAUGGACCAGCCUCAGCUCCAGGGAAAACAGAAGCCAUGAGGGUAUCACCAGGACAGCGCCCAGCACAGGCUGAGGAAAGCCAUAGGGCUGCUAUCCAGGAGGAUGAAGAACAGAUGCCGUCUAUGACAUCAUCAAACUUCCAGCCAUCCAAGGCCAGAGAUAGGUACACACCAGUCCUGGAUGCUACUGAAGUGGCUCAACGGGGCACCAAACCCAUGGCAUCACAUCAGAGCAGUCUGACCAGCCUGGAAGAGAGCAGGCCCUCAGAGCUCCUUCGUCGCAAAGCCCUGCUUCGGGCUGGUGGGCCCCACACUGAGGAGCCCUGGAUGGUGUCACCAGAGACAGACAGUGGCUUCGUGGGCUCAGAAACCAGCAUAGUGUCACCCUUCACCCAGACCCCAGAGCAUCAGCUCUCCCACGUCAGCACUCCAGGACCAUCGGCUCAACACCUCACUGCCUCUGUGCCUGGUGAUGGAACCUCCCAUCCCAAGGCCAGGGGGCCUGUGGUUCCCAGAAGAACCACUGAAGCUGGCAUACCCAGAAGCCGAACCAGCCUGAGCUCUUUCCAGAGAGGAGCACAGAGCUGCCACCUACAGGAGACACCAGUGGCUCGGAUAGCGGCUCCCAGGUCUGAGUUCAAGAGACAGAAGCAGACUUCCAAACAGCUCCUUCCCAAUGGAACACCCAGCCCAGACUCUGCCCCAGCGCCCACAGCUGCCUCCAUGCCCCAUGGGUCAGCAGAGAGCACUGCCAACCUCCUCCUCAAUAGGACAGAGCGCGACCGGGCCAUCAAGGAUCUGCAGGCAGAGGUGUCACUGCUCCGCCUACAACUGGAGGACAGCCUACACCGGCCACACCCAGACAGCCCAGCUUGUGUAGCUUCUGCUUUCAACCACUCUACCCAAACCCAGAAGAAGCUGAUGGAUUCCCCACCCUCCUGGGGCUCCCACUAUGGCAGUAAAUCCACAGAGAGGCUGUCUGGGGAGCCUAAUGGCAUAGAGCCAGCCGAGCCAAUGGGAAGACGGCGAGCCAGGUCCUCCUCAGUGCCUCGGGAUGUACCCAGACUGUUCCUAAGUUCUGAAUCUGGGUCAUCUGCUCCUCGGCUAUCAUCUGAGAAGAGCAGAACCUUUGAGGAGCAUCCUCAGGCUGCAAAGUGGGGGACAAGACCACUGAGCAGCACGAAGCAGAGAGGAAGAGUCUCCUUCCGGGGUCAGUACACAGGCCAGGAGUACCACAUUCUGUCCCCAAAGGCCGUCCUGAAGGACAGUGGCACAGCCUCCUGUCCCCACUGCCAGACCAUUAGGACCCAGGACACAGGCAGUGCUGUCUCCAGAGAGUCAACGGGAUCAUCUGCUGCUGACACCCUCCGCUGUUCCCUGUGUGGUGAAGUCAAGUCCUCUGCAGAAGCAGAUGGCUCUAACUCAGGCCCCUCUGGUAGGAAUGAGCGCUCACCAUCUUCCUCCAGUCAUGGGCGUGGCCAGACCUUAGAGAACACCCCCAAAAAACCCGCACCUUCCACCCCCAGCCUCAAGCGGAAGAGCAGGCAGACGGGCUCGCCAGUGAAAAUGCCCCCUGGACUCUGGUACCUGGCUGCUGCACCCCCAGCCCCAGUCCCACCAACCUUGGCCUACAUCUCACCACCCAUUAUGCCUUAUCCAGCAGCACCCACUGUGUACUAUGCAACCCCAGCACCUACCUCAGCCCAGACAGCUUCCCCACAGCCUGCUCGGGGACCUCGGAGAACCCGACACUCUGUCCAGCUGGGUCUGAAUGACCUGGAGGAGCUGCAGGCCGCACUCAGAGAGGCUGCACUGGCCGCCGAGAACGUUCGCUCCACCACCCGUCAGCUGAGCCGCUCCCUGUCUGCGGAUCUGCGUCAUGCCCGUAGCCUGCGAGGCUCUUGCCUUUUCUGACUCCCUGGAGGCAGGCAGCCGCUGUUGUUUCCCAGUCAACAGUCUUCUGGUACCACUGAUGGCUGGAAGAUGUCAUGCUCCCCUCCACAGAGUGCCACCUGCCUGGUCCAUGUGGCUUAUUUAAAAUGGAGAGACAUUAGGCUGGUCGGGAGUGAAUGAAUGACCAGCUCUGCCUAACAGGUGUAGUGGCCAUAGCUCCUUUUGUCGAGUCAGAGCCUCUGAGACUCUCCUCAUUGUCCCCUUCCUGCCCAUGUGCUUCUGCAGCUAAUAAUAUGGCUCUUACUGGACAGAAUGUCUUUACACUGGGGAGCUAACUUGAGCUUGGACCCGUCUCAGAAGGCCAGAGAGGACAAGAGAAAGCUGGGGUCUCGGAAGCAUUUUGGUCACUGCCUGUAAUAGCCACUCUGAGGCAGGCAUUGUCAGAGAGUACUAGUCAGGGAUUUUCUUCCUAGUAACUAGUGGGCAGGGGUAGUACAUGGGGACCCCUACAUGUCUUGGGACAGAGGCCUCAGAUGACACACACCCAGCUCUUCUGUGGUUUUCCAUGAGCCCACAGAGUAGAGGCCAGGAAGCACCCAGCAGCCUCAGACUUUCCCACUAUGGUUUUGGAUUUUGUUAGCAUCCACUAGAGGACCAAGCUCCCUGCCAGUUCCUGGCCCGGGGCUGAGAGACUAGCCCAGCACCCCUUUCCCUGUCCCACAGCAGAGUGACCUCAACAUUUCUGGGAUGUAUGUGUGUGUGAGUGUGUGUUUGUGUGUGUUACCACAUACUGUGUAUAUAUUUGAGGCAUUUAAAAAUCUAUUUUUGUUAUAAAAGCAAAUGAAGGAAAAUAAAUAAUGAACUUAAGAAAGAGAAAAGAAAUCCCC